ACAAAUAUAGAAAUUAUAAUCUAGAGAGAGUGAAUCUUUCACUCCAAAGUAAUAUCACAUCAUGAUAUCAUAUAUAGCACCUAGAUUUCGUAGAUCUCAAAAAUCUUUAUCAUAAACACACCCUCAAAUCUAGUAAACGCAAUCCUUCUCCAACCACCAACCAUGUCCAUACCUUCUUCUAGGGUUUCAAAUUCAAUCCUCACUCUCAUAAUAUCACAACACUCCCAAUUCACCAACCCUCUUUCAUAAUUCACUUUCUCAAUCUUCUUUUGCGAGGGUUUCUAUUCUUGUAUCUUCAAAUUUUGGGGGGUUGCGUUUAUCAAUUAGGGAAAGUUUCAAUUUUUCACAAUGAUUUCAACUGGGAUUAACUUGGUGAUGACUGUGAUUGGUUUUGCUGUUAGUACAAUGUUCAUUGUUUUCGUAUGCACAAGACUCAUUUGUGCAAGAAUUCACAUGAAUGCCAAUAGAAGAAGAUCCUUUCUCAUUGCUUCUAGAUCCAAUCUCAGCUUGAUGGAACGUGGUUGUCAAGGUCUUGAACGCAUUGAUGUAGCUAAAUUUCCAGUUAAGAAGUACAGUGACAAGUUUUUUGCAGCUGAAGAAAAUUCUCAAUGCACAGUUUGUCUCUCAGAGUACCAAGAUGAAGAUACACUGCGUAUCCUCCCUCAUUGCGGACACUCCUUCCAUAUGGCCUGCAUAGACUUAUGGCUGCAGCAGAAUGCCACUUGUCCUGUUUGCCGAGUAUCAUUGCGUGAAUUUUCUGAGACAACGCGAUCAAUGCAACCUGUAUAUAGCUCCCAUCAUGGGAUGGAGUCCUUUGACACUCAUCAUUAUCACUGUAUAAUGGCCGAUAAUGGAUUAUUGACAAGAACCCCUGAUAACCGUGGGGUGAACCCUAUUCAAGAGGAUCAGUUUCCAUCUGAGGGUGGUGGAGCAGUUGAUAUGGACAGUAUCACCUCCUUAAGUCAGGGUGAUUUCAUUAAAGAUGAAGAGAAGAAGCAUGUAGAGAGCCCAUCAAAUUUAUAGGUUUGAUCGGUUCCUUUCAAAUCACUAAUUGAGUAAAGUUCAUGUUCCAAAAUUGGAGUGAAAUGUAUUAGCAUGUCGAAAAGUGGUCAUUUUCUUUUCUUUUUUUACUGUAUAUAUAGCAAAGAAAUUUUGCCCCUCGCAUGGGGCUGCCCUUUGCUGUCUCCGCCUUUGUUCUUUUCUUGAUCUUCAGCAAUAGCUAGGACUAGAAACUCUCUAUCUCUCAUUUUCCUAGCUGUAAUUGUUGUUGAACACUAGAAUUAGUUGUGGUAGCCGGAGCUACAGCUGUCUUCCCCCUGCAGACCAUUGUAUUAAUGCAAUUCAGAUUCACACAUUGCCAUUAAUGUAUCAUGUCUUUUUGUCCAACAUUUUGUCCAUUUUUUGUGAUACACUGUUGUCCUAGCAAGGUUCUUAGUGA